AGAGUUAAUUUGUUAACCAUUGAUUUUAACUUACUUUUUUAGUUAUUAUUUACGUGUUUUUAUUUCUAAGUACAAAAAUGAGUUGUUUUCAAAAAGCAUUUAAUUGGUUGUUCUACAAAAAAGGAACUGAUCCGUUGCCGAUGGCAAUUAUUUUUUUACUUUCAGUGCAAUACUUUCUGGAGUCAGCAACAACUGCAUCUGUUUUCAGUUAUCUUCCACAUCUUGUGAAGUCAUUUGGAACAUCAGAAGAGCAAGCAGGUAAAGAUGUAGGAUGGAUUGCAAGCUCCCUAUUUAUUGCCAGAGUCUUUUUUGGAUUGCUUUGGGGAUAUUUAUUGGACAAGAUGGAUCCUAAAACAGUUUUAUUGAUUUCAGGAAUAUUUCAAACUAUUUCGACAGUUUUGUUUGGAUUUAGUACCUCCUUUUAUUGGACUUUAGUAACAAGAUUUAUGCAAGGUGUUUUUAAAGUUUAAGAGAACUUUUAGCUUCGUUAAAGACAAAGUUAACCAUUUCUUUUGCAAUGUUCAGACAUUAAAUGCGCAAAUCACAACCAAGUAGGAGUUAAAAAUGACUUGAAUUAUAUGCACAGAACAUCGAUGUCAAAUAUUCAAAUUCCGCAAAAUU